AUUAAUGUCACUCCCAUAUGUUUAUGUUAUUGUUAUUAAAUAUCCAAGGCAAAAUUCAAUAAAUUAUGAUUAAUUUCAGUUAAUAUUGUGUAAUUAAGUGCAUAAACGCCAUGUCAAUAAACUUUGACAUAAGACUGAAACGUGCCGAUAAAAUAUACAGCAAAGGGGAAGUAAUCGCUGGCGUCCUGGUGAUCUCCUCAAAUUCAGACUUUAAACAUGACGGCAUCACCCUCACAGUCGAGGGCAGCGUAAAUUUGCAAAUCAGCUCAAAGAACGUGGGAAUCAUAGAGGCAUUUUACAACUCCAUUAAGCCCAUACAACUGUUAAGCAUAACAUGUGACGUCAGUGGUCCUGGGAGGCUUCCCUCGGGCACCACUGAGAUCCCAUUUCAAAUCCCCCUGAAGGCGAAACCCAACCGGGUUCUAUAUGAAACCUACCAUGGGGUCUACAUAAACAUCAGCUACUCCAUGAGGUGCGACAUCAAACGCUCCUUUCUAUCAAAAGACUUGCAGAAAUGCAUCCAGUUCCUUGUCCAAUACAAACCGGGGGCCCCCAAUUGCCCUCAACUGCCCCUCACCGAUAACCGUAAAAGUGUACAAUUUGAAUUGAGCCCCUCUAAAUUGUCAUCAGGAAAAAGUGGAGCCCCAGAUUUCUUAAUGAGGGGCCACAUUGAGACAGUCUGUUGCAACAUCACUAAGCCCUUCAAGGGCUCCUUGACUCUAGUCAAGUGUGUGGCCCCCGUGAGGAGUAUUGAGCUGCAAUUGGUGAGGAUCGAGACUUGUGGGUGUGCUGAGGGGUACGCUCGAGAAGCCACAGAGAUUCAGAACCUUCAAAUUGGUGACGGGGACAUACCGCACAAUGUUCCCAUACCAAUUUAUAUGGUGUUUCCGAGGCUGUUUACUUGCCCCACAUUGAUGACUACCAACUUUAAGAUCGAGUUUGAGGUGAAUAUUGUGGUGGUUUUUGACGAUAACCAUUUAAUUACCAAUAAUUUACCCAUUAUUUUGGUGAGGGAGUGAUCAAGACUACCUUACAGUCACACGGGAAGCAACCAAGAAGAAAUGGAGAGAGAUAGCCAGGAGAUUUUCCGGCACUAUUAAACUAUGUAUAUUUUAUUAUAUAAAAAAUGUAAGUUCCUACACACCUUUUCAUGUAAUUAAAAUUGUUUUUACACUA